AGGGGUGAAGUCAGGAGCGGGCGUAUCCACAUUACAAGCUUAUGGAGGCUAAUCGCCCCCUCUCUCGACGUGGCCUGUUUCCGCCCAUACAGCGGCGCUCGCACGUCUUACAAAACAUCCCUCCCUUCCACCGCCCCAAACCUGUCUCUCCUGGCCGAUAACCCUUUCUUGAUUCCGGAUCACAUCGCUCCAAUCCGCAGUGUUUCCUCCAUGGUGGAGUCGUCGGUUGGGGCGCUGGUGCCCUCGGUGGUGAAGCCGGAGUUGAGGGCGUCGCCCACGGCAGCGCCGGCCGUGUCGUCCUCUGGGACGACGGACGCGGCGGCAGCGGAUGUGGUGGCGACCGCGACGGCGGCGGCGGUGAUGGAGGAGGCGGAGCUGGACAAGGACCUGCUGUGCCCGAUAUGCAUGGGGGUGAUAAAGGACGCGUUCUUGACGGCGUGCGGGCACAGCUUCUGCUACAUGUGCAUCGUCACCCACCUCAAUAACAAGAGUGACUGCCCCUGCUGCGCCCACUUUCUCACCAAGAGCCAACUCUUCCCCAAUUUCCUCCUCAACAAGCUUCUGAAGAAGACAUCAGCACGUCAAAUUGCAAAAACUGCAUCACCUGUUGAGCAUCUUCGCCUGGCACUGCAACAGGGUUGUGAAAUGUCAAUCAAAGAGAUAGAUGGUCUAUUAUCUCUCCUUUCUGAGAAAAAGCGGAAAAUGGAGCAACAAGAGGCUGAGACAAAUAUGCAGAUUUUACUAGACUUUUUACAUUGCCUUAGGAAGCAAAAGAUGGAUGAGCUGAAUGAGGUUCAAAAUGAUCUGCAGUAUAUCAAAGACGAUAUAAACGCUGUAGAGAGGCACAGAAUUGAAUUGUAUCGAGCAAGAGAGAGAUACUCUGUGAAAUUGCGUAUGCUUUUGGAUGAUCCUGUAGCAACAAAACUAUGGCCUUCUGCAGUUGACAAGCAUAACAAUAUCCGUGUCUCCAGUGCCCGUAGCUCUGUUAUUGGGAUGUGCACCGGAAAUUUUCAGGGUAAGAAAGUUGACAUGAAGGCUCAAGUAAGUCAUCAAGUAAACCAAAGAAAAGAAGCCUUUGGUGGUUCAGACCCACAACAUUCUCUUACUCAAUCAGGACUAGCUAUAGCUAGAAAGAAGCGAGUCCAUACACAGUUUAAUGAGCUCCAAGAAUGUUAUUUGCAAAAGAGGCGUCUUGGAGCUAAUCAACUGCAUAGGCAAGAAGAAAAAGAUAUAAAUGUGAUAAGCAGAGAAGGCUAUCACCCAGGUCUUGAGGAUUUUCAGUCUGUACUGACUACCUUAACCCGAUACAGUCGUUUACGUGUCAUUGCUGAACUUAGACAUGGGGAUCUCUUUCACUCUGCAAACAUUGUAUCUAGCAUAGAGUUUGACCGUGAUGAUGAGUUGUUUGCCACUGCUGGAGUGUCAAAACGUAUAAAAGUUUUUGAUUUUUCCACAGUUGUAAAUGAACCAUCUGAUGUACACUGCCCGGUUGUGGAAAUGUCCACUAGGUCCAAGCUUAGUUGCUUAAGUUGGAACAAAUACUCAAAAAACAUUAUUGCUAGUAGUGACUAUGAAGGGAUAGUAACUGUUUGGGAUGUGACCACUCGACAGAGUGUGAUGGAAUACGAAGAGCAUGAAAAAAGAGCAUGGAGUGUUGAUUUUUCACAGACAGAGCCAUCAAUGCUAGUAUCCGGCAGUGAUGAUUGUAAGGUGAAAGUAUGGUGCACAAAGCAAGAGGCGAGCGUAAUCAAUAUCGACAUGAAAGCAAAUAUUUGUUGUGUCAAAUAUAAUCCUGGGUCUAGCAUUUUUGUGGCGGUUGGUUCUGCUGAUCAUCACAUUCACUAUUUUGACCUGAGAAACACCAGCACACCACUCCAUGUCUGUCGAGGGCACAGAAAAGCAGUUUCAUAUGUCAAAUUCUUGUCUAACAAUGAGCUUGCAUCUGCAUCAACUGACAGUACAUUGCGCUUGUGGGAUGUAAAAGAGAACUGUCCUGUGCGGACAUUCAAAGGUCAUACAAAUGAAAAGAACUUUGUGGGUCUGACAGUAAACAAUGAGUACAUUGCUUGUGGCAGUGAAACGAAUGACGUUUUUGUGUACCAUAAGGCUAUCUCCAAACCUGCAGCAUGUCAUAGAUUUGGUUCCUCUGAUUUGGAUGACACAGAUGAUGAUUCUGGAUCGUAUUUCAUUAGUGCUGUUUGCUGGAAGAGUGACAGCCCUACAAUGUUAGCUGCCAACAGUCAGGGGACUAUAAAGGUUCUUGUACUUGCAGCUUGACUUCAGAUGAGGGAUCAUAGGCAUUGGAGCUUUUAAUUGCUCAAAUGUGUAUUUUGCAUUUUGCACGUAUAUUUAUGUUUUGCCCUCCUAGGUAGGUCAUCUGCUGAUUGUCCAGCAUAUGGUGCUACCUGGUUUGUACAGUAUAUAUAUAGGAAUGGAUGCAUGCCUUGAAUACCGUUUAAUCGUUCAGAGUGGAAAUUCCUGUUUAUAGGUUGAUCCAUGACAUGUAAUCAUAUACACUUUAGCAUCCAGAAAUAGUACAUGGAUUAUGCUAUUUGA